CCCUCCCCUUUCCUUUUGUCGAUGAACCUCUUCGCCUGCUUUCUGGGGAUUUGCUUAGAGGUGAGGAAGGUCUUCGAUCAAGGCCUUCCCGUUGAAUAUCGGACCUUUUCUGUUGUUCUGAUCGAUUCGAGGAGCUCCGUCUGCUGGUUGUCAUGGUACAAUAUUAUUCCCUUCAGUGAACAAGAAAAUAAGAAGUCCUGCAUCAAAACACUUUUCCAAUAAUGACUAGUAAGACUAUUCAGAUUUCUCGGUUUCCUUCAUAUGUUACUGCAAAACAGGUAACAGUGUUCCUGGAGAAGUAUACGGGUGAGGGAUCUGUCAUUGCACUUAAGUUAAGGCCUUCAAAAAAUUCAACAGUAUAUGCAAUUGCCCAGUUCCCCAGAAGAGAAGAUGUCCAAGAUUUAUUUGUCAUGAUCCAACAGGGGAAACUGUCUUAUGAUGGUCAUUACUUGACAGUUCGCAAUAUGGAACGUGACAUCAUACCUAAACCAAGGAAGCCAUUGUUUGUUUUGGAAAAUGUAACAUUACAUUUUGGCUGUCCACUUUCACAAAAACGAUUAUCUGUUCUUCGGAGCAUGGAGGAUGUCAAAGUUAACUUUGGAUUUGAAAUGAGGAAAAUCUAUUUUCUCCUGUCCCAUGGAAUUCAUUCAUACAAGCUUGAACUUGCUUAUGAGAGCAUAUGGGAGAUCCGGUUACAUCGCUCAUCCGUUCAGAAUUCUCAGUUUCUUGUGGUUCAGGUGGUUGCGGCUCCUAAGAUUUAUGGAACUCCAUCACGUAAUACUGGUUCCCUAUAUGAAGAUCCUAGACUUAAUUAUUUCAGGGAUCUACCAGAUGAUCAAUGGGUCAGAACGACAGAUUUUACUUCAUCUCGUAGCAUUGGACAAUCUUGUGCACUGUGUUUGCAGCUACCAUUCGAAUGUAGUCUUCCAAACAUUCGUGAAUACUUUGUUCAUUUUAUAGAAGUUGAUGGUCAUUAUGAUUUGGAGAGAGGCUAUUCUUACUCCAGAAAUUUGGAUCUAGUCCCCAUUGUUGAACCCCACACAGGGAUUCAGGUUUCUUAUAAGAUUCUUUUCAAGAUAAAUCAUAUGGUUCAGAAUGGAACUCUUAUUGGACCAACACUUGAUCGAAAAUUCUAUACAUUGGUCUGUCCUUGUCCUUCUAUACCUACUGAAUAUAUAGAGAGGGCCUUAGAAAUGAUGUCUGUUUUAGACAACUCCUGUUUCGCUCCUGCUGAAUGGUUACUUGAGCAAUACAAAAAAUUUAAGAAAUCAAACCGCCAUAUAAAUUCACCUGGUAUUUCCCUAGAUUCAGACUCUAGCUUGGUAUAUGUUCACAGGGUGCAGGUGACCCCUUCGAAAGUGUACUUCUAUGGACCUGAGAUAAAUGUGUCCAAUCGUGUUCUGCGCCAAUAUCGUCAAGAAAUUGAUAAUUUUCUGAGAAUUUCUUUUGUCGAUGAGGACCGUGAAAAGAUGCAUUCAACUGAUAUAUCAUCUCGGUCUGCUUCCAUUGGUGCUGAAAAGCAUACUGCACUUUAUUGGAGAAUAUUGUCAACAUUAAAAAAUGGUAUUACUGUUGCAGAUAAAAAAUUUGAGUUUCUUGCGUUCUCAUCCAGUCAGCUAAGGGAAAAUUCUGCUUGGAUGUUUGCCUCAAAUAGUAAGCUAACUGCAGAUAAUAUAAGAGAAUGGAUGGGUGAUUUUAGCAAGAUUAAAAAUGUUGCUAAAUAUGCUGCUAGACUCGGUCAGUCUUUUAGUUCCUCCACUGAAACAUUGUCUGUCGAGAGAAAUGAAAUCAAUUUCAUUCCUGAUGUAGAACAUGCAGGUUAUGUGUUCUCUGACGGUAUUGGGAAAAUAUCGUCUGAAUUUGCUAAGAAAGUAGCAACUAAAUGUGGCUUGAAAAGUUCAGUUCCAUCAGCCUUCCAAAUUAGGUAUGCCGGCUAUAAAGGUGUUGUGGCUGUUGAUCCAACAUCAUCGAAGAAACUAUCUUUGCGUGAAAGCAUGUCGAAGUUUGAGUCGACAAACACAAAACUUGAUGUCCUUGCAUACAGCAAGUAUCAACCAUGUUUCCUUAACCGUCAGUUAAUUACUCUUCUUUCAACACUGGGAGUUAAAGAUAAUGUCUUUGAAAGAAAACUGGAGGAAGCUGUAAAUGACCUGGACAAAAUAUUAACUGAUGCCGAAAAGGCACAGGAAGCAAUUCAACUUAUGUCCCCAGGGGAAACAACCAAUGUACUGAGAGAAUUGCUGUUAUGUGGCUAUAAGCCUGAUGCUGAACCAUUCCUUUCAAUGCUUCUCCAAACAUUUAGGGCUUCAAGGCUUUUGGAACUCAGAACUAAGGCAAGAAUUUUUGUUCCAAAAGGAAGAGCAAUGAUGGGAUGCUUAGAUGAGACUAGAAGUUUGGAAUAUGGCCAGGUCUUUGUUCAAGUUUCUUGCUUUGGAAGCUCAAUUUUCCAUGGCAAUGGCCUCCUCAUGAAUGGUGUAAGUGAAUUGGACCACUGUACUGUUGUGCUGAAGGGGAAAGUUAUUGUUGCCAAAAAUCCCUGUCUUCAUCCUGGCGAUGUCCGAAUCCUGUCAGCUGUUGAUGUUCCUGACCUGCACCAUAUGAUUGAUUGUGUUGUUUUUCCACAGAAAGGGAAAAGACCCCACCCAAAUGAGUGUUCUGGAAGUGACUUGGAUGGAGAUAUCUAUUUUGUUAGCUGGGACCCUGAACUCAUCCCACAACGUGUUGUCCUGCCCAUGGAAUAUACUCCUGCACCAACCAAGACACUGGAUCACAAUGUUACAAUUGAGGAGGUAAUGGAGUACUUCACAAAUUAUAUUGUAAAUGACAGCUUAGGAAUCAUUGCAAAUGCGCACACAGUCUUUGCUGACAGGGCAAGAGAGAAAGCUGAAAGCAUGGAGUGCAUAGAGCUUGCAAAACUCUUCUCUAUUGCUGUUGACUUCCCCAAGACAGGUGUUCCUGCUGAGAUCCCCCCUCGUCUAUAUGUCAAAGAGUACCCUGACUUCAUGGAAAAGCUAGACAGAGUUUCCUAUGUGUCAAAAGGAGUCAUCGGUAAGCUAUACAGAGCAAUAAAAGACCACACACCAGGGUUUGGCCAUGUGAAGGCCUUCACAAAGCUGGUUGCUUUGCGGUCUUAUGACCCUGACAUGGAAGUUGAUGGUUUCAAGGAGUACACAAGUGAGGCUUUCUUCUUCAAAGGGGAAUAUGAUUUUAAGCUGGGGAAUCUCAUGGAUCAUUAUGGCAUAAAGACAGAGGCUGAGAUUCUGAGUGGCCAUAUAAUGAAAAUGUCAAAGACCUUCACAAAGAACAAGGACGGGGAAGCAAUUGGAAGAGCAGUGAGGUCACUGAGGAAAGAAGCAAGAUCAUGGUUUAAUGAGAAAAGCAGUGAUCAUGACCACGACGAAGACGAAGAAUAUGCUAAGGCAUCAGCUUGGUAUCAUGUGACCUAUCACCCGGAUUACUGGGGCUGCUACAAUGAAAAUUUGAACAGGCCACAUUUCCUGAGUUUUCCAUGGUGUGUCUAUGAUAAGUUGACAUUAAUCAAGCAGAAGAAAAUGAGCCAGAGAAAGUUUGCAGCAGAGCUGCUCUUGGUGCGGCAAACAAUCGAGAGGGCCCUGAGAGCGAGUUGAAGAGAAAUUAACGUUGGACACUCAUGUAGAUAACAUCGACAAUUGUACAUAAAAGUACUUGAUGCUUUCUGCUGUGCUUGUUUUCUGUUGAUAUUUGUCCUCAGCAGUUAUUGCAAUGACCAGUUUUCUGGUGUAAUAUGUAGACGGUGUUGUUUGGUUAAGAUGGUUUGAUCA